CUUUUAAAACAAAAAAAACAAGAGAGAAAAAAAGAGAGAUACAUUAAUCAUCGAUCAAAUGGAUCAACCCAUGAUGCAUCAUCUGGCUUUAAUUAGCUGGAUUCCCUUUUCCCUUGUAGUGAUUUACUUGAGUCUCAAUUUGAUCCAGAAACGGAAGAAAAGAUCCAGGGAAGUGAAGAAACAGCCACCGGGGCCAUGGAAGCUACCUUUGAUUGGAAACCUGCAUCAAAUGAUGGGUUCGCUUCCCCAUCGCGUCCUCCACAAAUUAGCCCAAAAACAUGGAGAUCUGAUGCACCUUCAGCUGGGAGAAGUUUCAGCCAUUGUGGUAUCAUCUCCACGCGCGACAAAAGAGUUUCUGAAGACUCACGAUGUAGCUUUUGCAGAUAGGCCGAGUUUUACGGUGGGCAACAUCAUAUUCUAUAACUAUUCGGACAUAAUAUUUUGUCCGUAUAGUGAUUACUGGAGGCAGAUGCGGAAAAUAUGCACUCAAGAACUUCUUAGCACAAAGAAUGUCCGUUCACUGGGUUCGAUUCGCCAAGACGAGGUUUUGAAACUUGUUUCAUCUAUCAAACAGGGUGUAAUUGUAAACGUGACCCGAAAAGUUUGUGCGUACACAAGUUCGAUGAUUUGUAGAGCCGUAUUCGGUCAAACAUUGGGAAGUCAUGAUCGAGGCGCGCUGGUUCAACUGCUGCAGGAAGUGAUAACCAUGAGCAGCGGGUUCGAUGUUUACGAUGUUUUUCCAUCCUGGAAGAUUCUGCACCGAUUGAUGGGAAACAAACCCAGGUUGUUGGAGUUACACGACAAGAUUGAUGAAAUCUUGGAUACCAUAAUUCAACAGCAUCUCGACAACCCAACUGGGAGGAACGGUGAGUUCGGACAAGAAGAUCUUAUUGAUGUUCUACUGAGGAUCAAGCAAUCCCGCGAGUUCCCUCUUCCAAUAACCAACACCCAUAUCAAGGCCGUCAUCUUGGACAUGUUUGGCGGAGGAGCUAACACUUCGGCCACUGCAGUGGAAUGGGCAAUGGCCGAGAUGAUAAGAAAUCCCGAUGUGUUGGCAAAGGCACAAAAUGAAAUAAGAAAAGCACUACCCCCUGGAAACAAAAUACUUGAAGAAACCGAUAUCCAACAAUUUAGUUACUUGAAAUUGAUAAUCAAAGAAACUUUAAGACUUCAUCCUCCUGCCCCCUUGAUCCCUAGGGAAUCUAGGGAGCCGUGUGAAGUUGAUGGAUACCUAAUCCCUCCAAAAACAAGAGUAAUAUUCAAUAUCUGGGCAAAUGGAAGAGACCCUAACUAUUGGAAUGAUGCUGAAAGUUUUAAACCUGAGAGAUUUCAGAAUGACUCUGUUGACAUGUUAGGUGGAAAUUAUGAGUUCUUACCAUUUGGCGCUGGAAGGCGAAUAUGCCCUGGUCUUUCAUUUGGUUUGGCUAACCUUGAAGUUCCACUUGCUUAUCUAGUGUGCUAUUUCGACUGGAAACUCCCAUAUGAUAUUAAACAUGACGUUUUAGAUAUGAGAGAGGCUUACGGAAGUACUGCAGUAAGAAAAAACAACCUUUGUUUGGUUCCUUACUUUCAUGAUUUUAGUGGGACGCCUUAGCUCGAGGCCAGAUUGUUAGUUGUAAUAUGUGUGUUACUCUUUGAUUAAUAAAACAGUUAUUUUUUCGUUUUGGUCAAAUGAAAAAUGAUGCAGUUGUAAUAGUAAAAUUGUUAUGUUUAAACAGAUGUUAUUCCACUAUAUCUAUUGAUAGUUUUAAAGUUUAACCAUUAAGAAAUG